AUGAUCAAUUAUUUAUAUCCUUUUGAUAGUUUUAAUACAAUAAGAGCUAUUGGAUUCAGUGUAUAUGGUAAGAAUGAGGAUAUUAUAGAUCAAGAAUCAGACAAUUACUGGAAGGAUGCUUAUCAGAAUGCUUAUAGCAAACAUUGCUCCAACAAUGUCUUUGUUGAUCAGAUAUGGCUCCCAGCUUUGAAAUGUGGUCAGUUGGAUAACUUGGAGGAAGCCCUCACAUGCAUUGACCCUUCACUCUCUGUAUGGGAACAAUACCUCACUGGAGUCUGUAGAUUUCUAUCUCAGAGGAAACUAUUCCAUGUUCUCUAUAGAAUACAACUAUUCAUGAAGGAUUUUGUUCGUGCUGCUAUGACUUGCAUCAAGAGUGCUUGCAUUCAGUUCUUCAUUGGGUUCUCAGGUCACAAGACAACUCUCAGUGACCUGUAUAGUAGAAAGCAUUAUCUGGAGACAGCCAGAAAUCACUUUAGGACUGCAAUUGAUGCUAAAGUGAAGAGGAAUGCUAAUUUCAGUACUACAGAACUAGAGGGUCACAUGCGAACCAUCAGCUUACAAAUGAGAGUCAUUGAUCAACUCCAUAAAGCAGCUGCUACUAAUAACACCCUCAAUAAACCAGUACCAGUCACUAGCAUGGGAGACUCUGGUGUUCAACCUUCCACACUGUUUGGGAAUGGGGCAGUAAGGGGAGAGGUAGCAGCUCAUCUCUUAAUUUCUUGUCAAGAAUCCCCUGAAGCAGUAUUCCAAAUAGCAUCUGAUAUAAUUUCAGCUUAUCGUUUGCCAAGUAGUAAAGUUUUUACAGAGGUAUCAAAGCAGCUUGCUAUGAAAGAAAACUACGUUGGUAUUAGAGUUUUGGUCCAAAGCAUUCAGAAAUCACAUUUGAUGUCUCCGGAGCUUAAUGAUGAAGUCUGCAUGGCUGCUAUCAAAGUCCUCGCCACCCAGACAAAGGAGGUAAUGAUAGCUAGCAUUAACUAACAACAAUUGGUUUAUACA